AUGGAGUCCGUUUUCCAGCCAGGUGAAUUGGACCACUUGGUUAAUGAGAUUCUCUCAGAGGGUCUGGGUCCAGAUUCAAAUAUCCUGUCCUCGUCCUCGUUCUAUGAAGAUACCACUGUUGAAGAGGUGUCAAAUGACACCAAUGUGAAGAUUCUCCAAAAUCUUGAUUUGGACGGUAUCGAUAUCCAAGAUUUAGAGGGAGGAGUUGGUUGGGAAGAGUUGUUCGUGCCCAACCAGUUCUCAGAAUUAUCCUCUGUCACUUUGUCAUCUGGCCGAUCUCGAGAAGCCUCCCAAUCCGGAGAUGGAAAGAGCGAUGUCAGUGAAACGCCAUGGUCACCAGUAUCAGGCUCGAGUUCAAGUGAGAGCGCUCCAUUUGUUUGUCCGGUGUGUGGCAAUCCAUCCGGCAAGCAUCUUUACUAUGGAGCUCAACUCGGAGUUUUUCAUGCCGAGGCCANGGUGUGUGGCAAUCCAUCCGGCAAGCAUUUUUACUAUGGAGCUCAAGUGUGUUCCAGUUGUCGAGCUUUUUUCCGCCGUGCCACGGUCAACUCCGCAGCUCGGAGUUUUUCAUGCCAAGGCCAACAAAAGUGCGGCAUUGACUCGAAAUCGUGGAAGAGUUGUAAGUUCUGUCGAUUCCAGAAGUGUCUCUCGGCGGGCAUGAAACCCACGUGGGUCAUGAAUGAUGAGGAGCGAUCCGCAAGGAACUCCAAACGGAAGCGGCUCCGGAAUAAACGGGAUGUUAAUCAUUUGGCUCCGGAGGUGGUUCUAGGGAACCAAUGGACGGUGGAUGAGGAGAAGCAAAUUCAAGGGAUCCGCGAAGACAUUAUGUCCAAGACUUUUAAAGUGCUUGCCGAGUUUUACUCUCGCAAUCCGGUGAUUUUGAGGAAAUUCGUCGAAUGUGCCAACAAGCGAAGUCCGUUUGAUCCGACUUUAUUGGCAUAUUCGAAACGAUUCAUUUGCAAUGAGAUGACAAGAGUGUUUUCGGACCUUUUGGUACUGAAUAAAAUCAACCCAAUGGAUCGUUUCCUGCUUUUAUCCCGCAACUAUUGCAUGUGGAGCUCGUUUGACCAAGCGAUUCAAGUCAAUAACUGCCGAGAGAUCGAGAAAACUCAUCAAAACCUGCGCAUGAACUUCAACAAAAUCAAAGCCACCACCGAUCCGGCUUCAAAUGUCAAUGUAGAUGUUCUUGAAGAAGCCUUGAAUAACAUUUCCGUUGAGGACAAUGUAGAAUCCUCGGAUCAUUUGAGCAACCUGAUCCAUGACCAAUCCAUUAGAGAGAGGAGGAAAAGACUGGUGUUGUCGAUUCAAUGCUGGCCGAGAUUUAGCUCCCAAGGCGUGUCCGAUGACGUAUUGCUCACACUAAUGAUGAUCAUAUUAAUCUGUUGUCCGGACUCUCUUAAAUUACAAUCGGAGAGCCCGGUUAGCCAGGUCCAAACUCAAUAUUGUUACAUUUUAUAUAGGUACAUCAAUUUCAAGUACCCCGGCCAAGCUCAUAUCAAGCUCGGCGAAGGCAUGGAUAUCGUAACAAAAGUACGCGAGCUGACCAACAUCGAGGAAACGGCCCUAAAUCAAAAUAUGUACAAUUUUUAACCAUCCGAUGUAUUUUAUUGGUAUUGUUGACAAAUGUAUUUAUUCUCUUUUA